AAACGUGGAUUCUGUGCCUCUCCUCUCUUCCUCCAGACUCUGGGACCUAUAACUGUACAACUAUAACUGACCGUAAAUGAACCGUAUCUAAUAUCAUUUUUUUGUCUCAAGCGAAAUACCUGGCGGGUACGUUUUAUUUCUCAGCCUUACAUUCCAGGACAGUAGAUGGCGUCAACGCACCAAUAAUAACAUUUGAUGGCCACCGCUCUCAAAAAUCUUCAGGAAGUGGAAAAAGCAAAAGAAGAAAAGCAAGACGCUAGCAUGCUAUAAAUCCACCCAUAACAUAAAAAAAUGACUAACAUGCAGUUGUUGAGGGUUUUUAUAACUGAGAAGUUAACGGCAGCUGCAGAGGAGAUAUUUUGUGUGGUUGAAAAAACAAUUGCAGAAAACCAGGAGCAAGUUUUCCGUUUACAAAGGCUGAUGGAGGUUGUUCUGCAACCUCAUAUAACGCUACACAGAGCAGAUCUCCAGCAGCUUACUCUGUCUGAAACAGAGGUCCCCCCUGAACAGCGGCCCUUUGAGCCAGUAUGGAUCCCGGGUCUGGGUCAGGAGGACCCAGAGUCCACACAGAUUAAAGAGGAGGAACUGAAAACCAGUCUGGAGGAUGAGCAGCUUCAAGGGCCUGAGAUUGACUCCAUAUACACUCCUACUUGUGUGAGAAGUGUCUAUGAAGAUGACUCAACAGAAGUACCAAUGGAUGGAAGUGGAGUUUCAGAAACUCUAUCCGGUACUACAACUGAACAGAUCAAAACAGAACCUGAUGGAGAGGACUACAGACCAUCAGAACCAACCAGUGUCUCUCAGCUCCUCUCUGUGCUGAAUCCUGACUGUUCUGCAGCUCACAGUGGAAGAGUUGGAGGUAUGGAGGUUAGAGGACCUCCAUCAGUUUUUAAACCAGUCAAUUCAAAGACAUCAGUGAUGGUUGAAGGACAAAUCUCCCAUAUCAAUAAAAACCACAGGAAAUCCACAGGGUUUCCUCCCGAACAAUCGCCCAUUGAAAGUCAUGCUACUCCCAGUUAUUGUAAGGUUUGCGGCAUGGCUUUUUAUUACAUGGGAUCAUUAAUUAAACAUGUGAAAACCCAUACAAAGGAAAAAAAACUACUCUGUGGUGUUUGUGGAAUCUUCUUUCAGUCCACAGAAAGUAUGAAAGAUCACCUCCAAACUCACAUUGUGGACAGGUUCACUUGUCCUCUCUGUAGUAAAAGGUUCGCCUGCAACAGUCGGCUGAUGGAGCACAUGACGAUCCACACAGAGGAGAAAUUAUAUCACUGCCCAGACUGUGACAAAGGAUUCAACAAAAUCAGCUAUCUGAAAAAACACACUAGAAUUCACACAGGGGAGAAGCGAUAUCACUGCCCAGAUUGUGACAAAGGAUUCAACAACAGCAGCUAUCUGAAAAAACACAUAAGAAUUCACACAGGGGAGAAGCCUUAUUGUUGUAAUAAUUGUGGCAAAACGUUCAGUCGGAGUGAACCUCUGAAAGUUCACAUGAGAACGCACACUGGAGAGAAACCAUACCAAUGUGGUGACUGCGAUAAAGGAUUCUGCUCCAGCGGCGAUCUGAGGAAACACAUUCGGAGUCACACAGGGGAGAAGCCGUAUCGCUGUGGCGAUUGUGGCAAAGGAUUCAGUCUGAAUCAAAACCUAAAAGUCCAUCAGAGGACUCACACAGGAGAGAGACCAUAUCGCUGCGGCGACUGUGGUAAAGAAUACAUCACCUGCAGGCAGCUGAAGACUCACGUGUUGGCUCACAGGAGAGAUACCAAACUUGAGGACAGAAAUGGGGUCAUUCAUUUGGAUCAUUUAUUAACAGAACCCCCCAUGGUCACAGGGGGGCUAUAGAUCCCAACGACAGAGAUAUGUGCAUUUCAGUUAUUGGAAUGAGAACACAUAAGAUGUCAUAAUAACAAAACAUUAAAGAAACAACCUCAAACCCGCACAUUAGAAUUUCCUGGUGGAAUCAGUGUCAUCUUCCUCUGUAUUCAUCUGUUUAUAGAAUUCCACCAGUUUUUAACAAAUAUUUCAGGAUUUUUUUCUGGAUCAAAAAUGGGCUUAUGUGGUAGGUGUGGUCAAUGGUGUUCCAGGAGGCGUGGUCAGUGGUGUGCCAGGAGGCAUGGCCAGGGGAGUGGCAAUGAGCAACGUAUUCCAAUAUGGAAUGGAUUGAUCAUGUGAUAAUUAUUAUAAAUGUUAAGCUGAAACAACAAUUAUUUGUAGAUAAGGUGAAAACGUAUUAACUAAAUUGUGUUGUUCUUUUCAAUAGUGGAGAGAGCGCAUGUUUUUGUUCCACAUGCAUUUCUCCACUAGGCUAACAUCAGUGAAAAACAGCAGGCAAUUAAAUAAUUUGGACAGUUCAGAAGUAACCGAUUUGAAAAUGCAUUUCACACACUAACAUAAUGCUUGCCUGCUGUUUUUGCCUUUAUUUUGGUUAAUGUUUCACACUUGAGUAGGUCUGCUGAGGAGGUCAGAUGUUUGGCUGAUACAUGCCUUCCUUACGGAUGUUCUUGUCCUCCACGCUCUUUAGUACCACAUCAAGUUUGUUAUAUUUCAAAUCACCUUCACAUUCUUCCCUAAUAUCCAAAAUGUAUACACACAAUCUACAACGUUGAUUCUGUUUUUCAUAAUCAGUUUCUGGAAUAACUAAGAAAACCGAACUGCUGCAACCCUGAGCCUACCAUCUCCAUCCUCAACUGUCUCUCGAUCGAUGCCUUGGAGAGCAGAAACAGUCCUGCUUCCAUCACGUAGAGCAACUUUAGACCAGUUAUCUAGCUGAAUUCUGAAUAUUUUAUUUGAAGUAAGAAAGCACAAGAUUUGUCAACUCAUGCUUUUUGUUAAGAAUAACAUAACAGUAUCAAAAGCACCAGCGUUCAAAUUACUUUGGAUUUACAGAGAUCCUCCAGUUUCUUCUGUAAAAUGUAUCUCAUAAAAGCUCUGUAAAAUUAAUCUCUACAAUAAUUUAGGAUGAAAGUCCUGGAGUCGUAUCAAAAAACAUUUUAUCUUACCACUAGGACUCCUAAACAGCACUAAAGUUCCUAGCUAAGAGUUUCGUCUUAAAACUUUUAUUCACAAAGCUGCUAAGACCAACUUAGUAAGGAAAGGGGAGAAGUCUUAAGCUAAGAGAAAGGGCGGGGUUUAACCGAUAGAUAUGGAGGAUGUCUUGUACAACGAACAUGUCUACUUACUAUGCCCACAGUGAUUGGCUGAUAGGGGAGGGGUCUCUGUCAGGGAAUUCAUAGCAAUACUUUAGAAGGAUGUAUCAUGUUGCCAUAUUGAAAUAAAGAUA